ACAAAAUGUCGCCAUUGAAAAUGCACGUCAAUAUGUUGCAAUCCGACCAUGCACUCAUAAUGUCCUCAUUUCCUGAACCUUCUCCUUCUUCAAAGCGCCCAACAGAAAACUGCAAGGUUUGCGGAGAUCGACCAAAUAACGAUAGAUAUGGUGCAUCGGCGUGCCUCGGGUGUACUGUAUUUUUUCGGAGGGCUGUUGUCAAAAAUUUGAAGUACAAGUGCAUGAAGGAGCAGAACUGUUUGAUUUCAUGCACAUAUAGAAACGCGUGCCGUUACUGCAGAUUUCAGAAAUGUUUUGCUGUUGGAAUGCAUUCAAGCGCUAUCCAGAGAAGAGACCUAGUGGGUCCACGAAAAAUAUCUGGAGAUGGAGAAGUUAUAAUUUGUGAAAACAACACAUUUCUAGACGAUUUUGCAAGUUUCCAAAGGACACAGUUUGCGGAGCAUCUUCAAUACUUUACCGAACAUCAAGUUGACGUCGCAUUUCAUGUAGAUCAAGCGAACGUCGUAAAAUUCCGGCGCCGUGCUCGUGCUCACGACGUAAACGUUAUGCUCAAACUUUGCCUGAAACAAGCAACAGAAUGGGCAAAUCGGUUAAAGCUUUUCAAGAGCUUACCAGCAGAGUCGAAGCGGAGCAUUCUUGCCGAGUACUGCCUCGCCUUCAAUUUGAUCGAUCAGGGCUACAAGACAUCAAAAGAAGCUGACUUGGGAAUCUGGUUACUUCAAAAUGGGAGUUUUAUGCAUCCCGAUUAUUUUUUUGGGCUAAACGUGACAAGUGUCGAUGAGGAGAGCAUGAAGGUUAAGAUACAACUCCAUCACAACUUUGUCGCAGAAAUGAUCAACUGUCUGAGCACUCCAUUCCGAAGACUAGAAAUCGAUGAAGUCGAGUGUGCAGCCCUGAAAGUAAUUCUCCUGCUAACCCCUUCCUGCUCCAAACGUGCAAUCUAUGCUGGCCGGGAAGGUGUGCUCGCCGGGCUCUACACAAAUUGUACCGAAGAGCUUAUGGAUCACUGUAUGAGAAAGUUUCCGGAGAACGGUGCAGUGAGGUUCGGGGAAAUUCUGCUACUGUUAAGCGGUAUUCGGUGCGGAAUCAAGACUAUGUAUAAUCAGACACGAGUCUCUGAUCUCUUUAAUUUUAUGAAAUUUGAUAAUUCUGUAAAAAGUGUGUUGUUGUCAUAA